AUGUCUCAACAACAACAACAACAACAACCUCAACAACCUCCACCUCACAUUGCACCACAUGGUGCUGGAGGCGGUGGUCAACCUCCGCCACACAAGCCUGCAGCAAAGCAGCAGCAACAUCAACAACCUCAUCGAGGUCAUCAUCAUCACAAAGAUAACAAGGAUAACAAAGAAAACAAACAAGCACAACAACAAGUUGCACCACCAAAUGUACCAACAAACAAUAACAAUAACAAAGGCGAAGCUGUUGCAACACAAGAGAAGAAGAGAUCAGGUCCCAAAGGUGCAGGUACUGGUGGUGGUCGUGGAGGAAAGCAACAGGGUCAGGCUCAGGGACAGGGUCCACAGAGUAGACUACAAGGACAGACACAUCAUUCAAAGAAGCAAAUGGUUACCGAUGAUAUCCCACCUCCAGUCACUCAAUCAACAUCAACAACUACAACAUCAACAGCAACAACAUCAACAAACAACAUACAGACACAGCCAGACACUCCCCAGCCCGUAACCAAUCAGACUCAACCUCAACUACAACAACAACAACAUCAACUACUACAGCAGCAGCAACAGAUGUUUGACACAAGCAUUCCAUCGUCAUUCGUAGGCAACAACAACAACAACAACAAUCAAUUCGACUUUGGUGGUAUCGGAAGUAUCAAUGGUGGACCAAUGCCAUUCAUGGACCAACAGCAACAGCCACAACAGCAGGGUAGCUUGUUCCAAUUCUCCCUGUUCUCACCUAUUGGUAGCAAUAUGUUUGGUGGAGUAGGCGGCCUGCCACAGUCCAAUCCACUACUACAUCAACAAAUGCAGCAACAUCAACAACAGCAACAGCAUCAACAACUAUCUCCACAACAACAACAAUUCGGUAUGGGUCCUCCCGGUAUGAACAUGAACAUGCAACAAAGUCCCAACAUUAUGGACCUGUUUCAAAAGGCUACCAUUCAUCGUACUCCGACCUCACCGACCAACAUGGGUUUUAACAUGGCCCAGCCAUUCGGACAGAUUCCUCCACAUCAGAUGAUGUCCCCUAUGGGACAGGGAGCCGAACAUCUUGGUCAGCUUGGUCAACUUGGUCAGCUCGGUCAGAUGGGUCAGAUGAGUCAGUUGGGUCAGCUCGGUCAGAUGGGACAGAUGGGUCAGAUGGGACAACAGCAGCAACAGAUGAGACCAUCCGGAACGAAUAGCCCCUUUGGAUACGGACAGAUGCCACCCAUGGGAGGCAUGCCAUUCUUCAAUCCAUCAAUGAUGCCCUCUCCACAACAUUACAUGCAGAUGAUGAACAUGCAACAACAACAACAGCAACAGCCAAUGGGACUCAACAACAACAACAACAUGAACGAUCAGAUCAACAGCUUCAUGGCUGGCUUGUCAUUCAAUGACAUGCUCUCCUCACCAAUGGGUGCUGUUGGCAGCCCCAUCCACACCUUGGGUGACAUGUCCACUGGAUUUGGAUUGGGUUCUCUUGGCUUAAACAUGCUUCCUCAGCAGAUGCAACAGCAGCAGUCCAAUGACGACAGCACUGAGGUUGGAGUAGGUGACGAGGAAGAACAUCACGCCGAGGAGGAUGACGAAUCGCUGAAAGAGAAGUUGGAGAAGUAUACCAAGGCACGCACACUGCUCCCUGCGCCUGCUCCAAACAAGCUGAAGGAUUUGACCGACUAUGCCUACGAUAUCUUUGAAAAGUCGAAGUGCGAGGAGAACCGAGGUCGUGCAUUGUUGAGCCGCCUGCAGAACAUGGUGUCCAGGACAUUCACCAAGUCCAAGGUCACUCUGCAUCUCUUUGGAUCAUCAGCCAAUGGAAUGUCACUCAAAGGAGGUGACAUUGACAUCUGCAUGCUCGUCGACGACAGUGAAGGUGACUCUGAUGCCAUCAUCGCCAAGCUAGAGGCAAUGUUGAAACAAAACCGCUUGACCAAGGUAUUGGCAAUUCCAAGCGCAAGAGUACCCAUCGUCAAGUUCAAGGACCCCUUGCAGAGUUUGUCGUGCGACAUUUGUUUGAACAAUAGACUGGCGAUAUAUAAUACCAAGUUGGUAUAUGACUACUCAACGAUCGACGAGAGGAUGCGUCCAUUGGUGUACGUGGUCAAACGAUGGGCCAAGCGCAGAAAGAUCAACGAGCCAUCGACAGGCACGCUCAGCUCCUACGCCUACAUCAACAUGGUUAUCAACUUUUUGCAGAGCCGUAACCCACCCGUGCUGCCUUGUCUCCAGGUGCUGGCCAACGGACCGGUGGAGAUCAAUGGCAAGCGGUACGGCGAGCUGAUGCCCGACAUCAUGGUCGACGGCUACAACUGUAAAUAUUACAACAAGAUGGAGAAGAUCGUUGGUUUUGGCCGCGCCAACAAGGAGACGCUGGGCGAGCUGGUGUUUGGCUUCUUCCAGCACUACUCGCGCGUCUUUAACUUCAUGACCGAGGUGGUUAGCAUCCGCACUGGUCACACAAUGCUCAAGUCCGACAAAACAUGGGAGACCAUCCAGAAGAAGAGCCACUUCUUCUUCUCGAUCGAGGACCCAUUCGAAGUGACGCACAAUCUGGCACGUGUCGUCAAGAGGGCGCCACUGUCCACCAUCAUCAAGGAGUUCAACCGUGCCUACAAGAUCCUAUCGCAGUCUGGCAAUCUACAUUAUGUUUGUCGCGAGUAUGUUGGCGAUGAUGAGCAGCGUCAUCAACUUCCACAGAACUUCAAGAAGAAUCAGAACCAAACUCAACAGCAGGAUCAAGAUCCACUGAAGGAUCAACAAGAGCAUCAAGAGCCGUCCACACAGCAGGAUAGUGCUGCACAAUCACAAGUCGCCUCUGGCGAGACUACCUCCAUGCAACAAUAA